AUGUACAGCAGAAUCUCUUUCCUCUUAUUAAUCAGUAUUUUAUUACUUUUCGUGAAAUGCGAAAAAACCAAAGAAAAAGAGGUCAUCGAACAGAAAGAAGACAGAAACGAAAGAGAGUUGGCAAAACAUCUACUCAGUGAUUACUAUCAGUAUACAAGACCUGUUCGCAAUUAUUCUAGUGUGCUCAAUGUGACGGUACAACCACAAAUUUACAACUUGGUGGAAGUGAACGAACAAAACGAGCAAAUCAAAAUAUUGCUGUGGUUUCCUCAAAGUUGGAAAGACGACUAUUUAACCUGGGAUCCCAAAGAUUGGAAUGGUAUUGAGAGGAUAAUUAUUCCAAAGUCUCAAAUUUGGAUUCCUGAUGGAUAUAUUUUCAAUACAGUAGAAGAAACGGAACCACUGGAGAACCAUAAUGCAAGGGUCAGAUACGAUGGAAGAGUUGAAGUGGACUUUAAUAAAAAGAAUUCGGAAUGGGACAUCGUUUCGUUUAACGCUACUAAAAUGACAACAAAGUAUGGAGACACCUUGGGAGGAUUCAACGUUUAUGAGGAGAUCUUUUAUUACUUGGAACUCCGACGGAAACCACUCUACUACAUUGUUGUUAUCCUACUGCCAUCGUUUCUGAUUGUUACCGUAUCUAAUAUUGGUCUAUUCACACCCCAUGGAGUGCAUGGUGACCGAGAAGAGCACGUUUCCUUGGGUCUUACUACAAUGCUUACAAUGGCGGUUAUCUUGGAUAUGGUUACAGGGCAGAUGCCGAGGAGUGCUGAAGGAAUUCCCUUAUUAGGAAUGUACGUAUUGAUUGAAUUUGUGAUAUCAGUAAUAGCUGUGUUGGUUUCCGUUGGCAUAAUUUUUGCUCACGAAAGGAUGCUUUAUCUGGAUGCAACACCACCAUAUUGGGUGUACAAGCUAUUUUCUGAUGAGGGCAAGAUGUCACUAGAAGAAGUAAGUACUUCGAAUAGUUUGGUACUCUGA